AUGAUCGCCUACAUUCUCUCCGCUGUCAUAGUGCUGGCUUCGUUAUGGAUGGUAUUCGGCCGCACGAGGAAUCUACCACCUGGGCCGAUGGGAUUGCCCUUAGUUGGGAGCAUUCUAACUCUACGAAAAUACCAGUUGCUGCAUGAUGGCCUCGCAGACUUACGCACUGUCUACGGCGAUGUGUUCAGUAUGCGCCUGGGUUCCCGGCUGUUCGUCGUCCUGAAUGGUUACGAUGCUAUCAGGGAAGCGUUUGUGGGACAGAGCGAUCAUUUUAGCGACCGCCCGGAGAUGCUUAGUAUGUGGAAAGCUAUCACCAACCACGGUAGAGGAAUCGUCGGCUCAAGUGGCUCGCGGUGGAAAAAGAGUCGUAAGUUCGCCCAGGGUGUGCUGAGGCAUUUCGGCAUCACGACGCGGAAAGCAAACCUUGAGCGCCAAAUCCAAGAAGAGAGCAGGUACUUCGUGGAUGCCGUAGAUAACACAAACGGUAAACCAUUCGAGCCAGCCUUACUCAUCACGGGAGCCGUAGCCAAUAUUAUAAACUCUCUUGUGUUCGGCGAACGCACGGAUUAUGGCGAUGAAGAAACAGAGAAGUUCUUGGGCUUAGUCGACCGUAUUGUUAAGCUGAGUCUUAAAGCUGGCGCUGUUGAUGUGAUCCCAUUGGUGAAAUACGUAUCCCCGUCCUACAAGGAAAUCGUAAUCUGCAUGGAGCAAAUAUUUGCUUUUGUCAAGAAGAAAAUCGAAGAGCAUCGCCAAACAUUUGACCCCAAUGACAUAAGGGAUUUUAUCGAUAUGUAUAUUCAAGAAGUGGAGUCCUCAAAAUUGAGUGGGUCGUCCCUCUCGCUCGACGAUCUCGACAUGGAGGCAGCCAUUAAAGACUUUUUCUUUGCCGGGAUUGAAACGACAUCAAUCGGACUGACAUGGGCGUUUAUGUAUAUGGUUCGAUAUCCUGAAAUACAAAAACGUAUACAGCGGGACAUUGACCGGGUGAUUGGCAAAACGCGACAGCCAUGCCUCGCCGAUGAGGAAGAACUCCCGUAUGUCACAGCAACUAUGCUCGAAGUUCUUCGCAUCGCGUCGAUCGCUCCAACAGCGGCCCCACACUGCGUCGCUGAAGACACUACGCUACGAGGUUACAACAUCCCCCAGGGAACUAUAGUCAUUCCACAUAUACGCUCCGUACUCUUCGAUCCCAAACUGUGGCCUGAACCAGAAAAAUUUAAUCCCGAGAGAUUCCUUGACAAAGACGGAAAAGUAAGACGCUUUGAUGAACACAUACCAUUCAGUACAGGUAAUCGUAUUUGUCUGGGUGAACACUUGGCAAAGAUGGAAUUCUUCCUGUUCUUCAGCAGUUUAUUACAGCAAUUCACCUUCACCAUCCCCAAAGGUGCAGAGCCGCCAAACAUGACACCGUUGUACGGUGUUGGAUUGAAACCGAGCAUUUAUAAGCUGUGUGUGGAAAGACGUUGAGGUCUCCAUAACAGGUAGACAAAUAUUAACAUGGAAAGGAGAUCACAGAAAUAACACCGAAUAUACGACAGGGCGCGGCAAAUUCUCCGUUAAUCCUCAGAGCUGCUAUUUAAAAACAUAGCCGAGUAUCCCCCGAACCUGCAGACCGCUGAAAAACAUUGAAACAAACCCGAGGCGUUCAUUAGAUCAAAAAAGUGUGUGUGACCCGAAUAAACUAUGCCCACUACGGCAUUACGCUGUACAUGUUUGCUUUGCUUAACAUAUUCUUUACC